UAUAAAAAACUCAUCAUAGAGCCUAUAGAGAGAGCCCCACUCUACUUUUCUAUCUAGGCCUAGUGGGUCUUACUAAACCUUUUUGUUCUUCUUUCAGGCUUUCAGCAAUGCCCAUAUCACUAUCUUAUCUUUAUCACUUCCCCCACACUCACAAUCUACCUAGACAUGAAAUAGUAUUCCAUGUUGUCUUAGAGAAGAAAAAGGAGAGAAACACCAUACCUUUUAGCUAACUACAAAAGGUAAUAAGUAUAUAAUAUAUACAUGAAAGUUAGUCUAAAGAAAUUAUAGUUUAAAGCCUAAUGAUGCAAACUAACCAGAAAGACUUGCUUCAAGUGAACUACAUAAAGACCCCAACUCUCCAAUUAUCUCACCAGUUCUAAAUUCAAACCAGUGUUUUUAAGUUCCCUCCAACAUAUCCUAUUCCAUCUUCUUCUUGUCAUAUAUUCUUUUGCAUGAUCAUAUUGAAACUUGAGUUAACAGAAUGGCUGGCAUCUUGUUCUUGUUCUUUUCUGUGAUCACUGCUGCUGUUCUUGUUGGCGUUCAUGGAGAAAAUUCCACUGAUUCUUCCUGGCUUCUAAAAUUCAAAUCUGAACUAGUUGAUCCAUCAGGAGUCAUGGAAAACUGGUCUCCAGGAAUUAAUGCCUGCAGCUGGAAUGGUGUGACUUGUUCAAAUGGCCAAAUAGUUAGCUUGAACCUUUCUUGGUCAGGACUAUCAGGCACCAUCCCUCGUGAGCUAUGGCGGCUCUCGUCUCUCCAAACACUUGACUUGUCAUCCAAUACUCUUUCUGGUGCACUUCCUCCUGAGCUUGGACAGCUUCAAAAUCUUCAAAUAUUACUCCUACACUCAAACUAUCUCUCUGGUAAGAUUCCAGUAGAAAUAGGCCUUUUGAAGAGCUUGCAAGUUCUUAGAAUAGGAAACAACAUGUUAUCAGGAGAAAUCACACCAACUAUUAGCAACUUGAAUGAGUUGAGAGUAUUGGGUCUUGCCUUUUGCCAAUUCAAUGGAAGUAUUCCAGUUGAGUUUGGUAACUUGAAGCAUCUCACGUCUCUUGAUCUGCAGAACAACAGUCUCAGUGGCCUCAUACCGAAAGAGAUUGGUGGCUGUGAAGAGCUUCAGAACUUUGCUGCAUCAAACAACAUGCUUGAAGGUGAUAUACCUCCUUCAUUGGGAUCUCUUAAUUCACUAGAAGUUCUAAACCUGGCAAACAAUAGCCUCUCUGGAUCAAUUCCUGCCUCAUUAAGUAGCCUUCAAAACUUGAAGUACUUAAAUUUGGUGGGAAACAGAUUGAGUGGUCAAAUUCCUAUUGAGCUUAACCAGUUAUCUCAGCUUCAAGUACUUGACUUAUCAAGAAACAAGCUUUCAGGAGCCAUUACUCUUCUCAAUACUCAGCUAAAGAGCCUGACAGCUCUGGUUCUUUCUGAUAAUGGAUUGACUGGCAGCAUUCCUAGCAACUUCUGUCUCAACAUUUCAAGUAUGCAGAAAAUUCUUCUCGCUCGAAAUAAGCUCUCUGGGGGUUUUCCUAUGGAUCUUUUGAGCUGCUCUUCACUCCUACAGUUAGACCUUUCAGAUAACAGCUUUGGGGGAGAAUUACCACCUUUCUUGGACAAAUUAGAGAACCUUACAGAUCUGGUGCUCAAUAAUAACAGCUUUUCUGGAACUCUACCUCCUGAAAUUGGUAACUUGAGUAACUUAGAAAGUCUUUAUCUGUUUGGUAACAGGAUCACGGGUAGAAUCCCAAUGGAGCUGGGAAAGCUGCAGAGGCUAGAAGUCAUAUAUCUUUAUGAUAACCAGAUGACAGGAGAAAUACCAACAGAGUUGACAAACUGCUCAAGCUUAAAAGAAAUUGAUUUCUUUGGAAACCAUUUUUCAGGUUUGAUUCCUAAGACAAUUGGGAAACUUAAGCAACUAGUUUUGCUUCAUCUUCGGCAAAAUGACUUGUCUGGUCCCAUCCCACCAAGCUUGGGUUUCUGCAUAAAGCUUCAGUUCUUGGCCUUGGCUGAUAACAAGCUCUCAGGUUCAUUACCAUCCACAUUCAGAUUCCUUUCAGAGCUAAGAACCAUCACUCUUUACAAUAACUCCUUUGAAGGUCCUCUUCCAUCAUCUCUUUUCCUUCUAAAAAAUCUCAAAAUCAUAAAUUUUUCCCGUAACAGAUUCAUGGGAAGCAUCUUUCCCCUCACUGGCUCAGAUCUUCUGACUGCUUUGGAUUUAACAAACAAUAGCUUCUCAGGACCUCUUCCAUCUAGCCUAGCCACAUCUAGGAACUUAAGCCGUCUUCGACUUGCUCAAAACCGCCUUACUGGCAGCAUUCCUUCUGAGUUCUCUCAAUUCGCAGAGCUCAAUUUUCUUGACCUAUCAUUCAACAGUUUGAUAGGAGAAGUCCUACCUCAUCUAUCAAACUGUAAAAAACUUCAGCAUCUUUUACUUGAUAAUAACCAGUUCACAGGAGUAAUGCCUCCAUGGUUAGGAAGCUUAAAAGAGCUUGGUGAGUUAGAUUUGUCAUCUAACAACUUCCAUGGAGUAGUUCCUAAAGAAAUCGGAAACUGUUCAAAACUACUCAAGCUUUCCCUGCACAGCAAUAACUUUUCCAGCAAAAUCCCACAAGAGAUUGGAGAUCUUACUUCUCUCAAUGUUCUUAAUCUGCAAAGAAACAACUUCUCAGGACCCAUUCCAGGAAAAAUCCAGCAAUGUAUGAAGCUAUUUGAAUUGAGGCUCUCAGAGAACUCUUUGACAGGUUCCAUACCAAUUGAGCUAGGAGGGUUGACUGAGUUACAAGUAAUCCUGGACCUCAGCAAAAACUUGUUAUCUGGGGAGAUUCCAUCAUCCCUAGGAAACCUCAUGAAGUUGGAGAGACUAAACCUGUCUUCCAAUCAGCUUCAAGGAGAUAUCCCUUCUUCACUUGGAAAACUAACCAGCCUUCACAUGUUGAACCUGUCAAACAAUCAUCUCCAAGGACAAAUACCAACAAUCUUUUCUGGAUUCCCACUGAGCUCUUUCGUGGGUAAUGAUCACAGACUCUGUGGCCCACCAUUGGUUUCAUGUUUGGAAUCUGAGGGGCAUGGUAAAGGGCGGCUAUCAAACUCACAAGUAAUUGGUAUAAUAGUGGCCAUUGUUUUAACAUCUACAGUAAUAUGUUUGGUGAUGCUUUAUAUUAUGCUAAUAAUCUGGUGCAACUGGAGAAAAGUGUCAAUCUCAAAUUCUGAUUAUGGCAUUGGUGGGACUGAUCAAAAUCAGCAUAAGAGAGAAUCUGAGAAGAAAUGGACCUUUAGAGGGGAAAAGUGGAGAACUGGUGAGUACUGGAAAAUGGAUUCUCUAGCUUUGGUUACCUCACAAGAGAAGAAAAGUCCAAGCAGUACCACAUCAUGCAUUCUCCACCUCAAAAUGGCUCAAGAUUCUAUGGAACAUACCUUAGUCUGAUGAAGCCAUAGCAAUUCUUAUCUUUACAUUUUUAUUUUGGAGAGGGGUUUGGAUCAAGAAGAGGGUUUUUUCAGUUGUAAAUUUUUCUGUUUGUAUAUUUAUUUGUUUCCUCAUUUUUCUCAAAGAUAAUUGUGUGUCAUUGUCAUGUAA